AUGGACGUCGCAAGCAAUCAUAACCCUGAUACUAUUAAGGUUGGCAAGCUCCUCCCCAAGAACUUGGCUACCAAGCGAUGGAAGAAACAACCUUCGAAUGAGAGUUUCCGAUCGACAGCUAGUAGCGAGGAACAUCCCCGUGGAAGAAGUCCAAAUAGUCGUGGCCGUGAGCGAACCUAUCCUAUUAUGAGAUCCAACGACAUGGCGGAAGAGGAUGAAGAUGGGAACCCCAAUGCCAAUGCCAAUGCCAAUGCCAAUGCCAAUGCCAAUGCGUACUAUUCCGACGAGGAAGACCCGUCCUCAAUUAGACCCACCUUUCCUUCAACCCACCCAUCCCAAAUUGGACAACUGACAACAUCGUCGCCUAUAAUUCAAGCCGAUCACCUUCCCGAGAUCCAACAUCCGGAUCAAGACGAACCAAACAACCUUUCACGUUCUGUCACCUACUCCGCUAGUAGUAGCUUAUCUAACGAGCCGGCUCGUCAAUUAUCUGCUACUAAGACUGCUUUGGAGCCACCGAGGGAUUCGUCUACGCAGCGCUCGAAAUCACCCACCAGUAGAUUCAGGGACGUCUUCAAAAGUAAAAAGAACGGUGGCAACAGUAGUGUGCAGGACCUCAAUAGCGAAACCCAAAUAGACCCUCCGAAUUACGAGUUAUCGAACGCGUCAUCCCGAAGGUCGACCGCCGCAUCUGUCUCCCGUCCAGGCUCUAGCAUUGCUUCACAGUCCGACCUUAAUGUCAACGUCCCCAAGGUAGCAUCUACAACUGAACGGUCACGUCCGUCUAGAAGCCCGGCGCCUAUCGACACCUCCGUCCAACCUGUCCGUCCUCGCACUCCUCAGCCGUCCGAGCCCCCAGCUCCCGUUAUUGUCAAUACACCGCCAACUCCAACCGAGUCUCAUCACUCGCAUCACUCGCGGAAGAGUUCGUCCGCUAGCGCCAAUUCCCUUCCCAAUGUGGUGGUUUCUUCCUCGAGCAACAAUAAUACUAUAUCGCAUCGAAGAAGAAGGUCAGGAUCGACUAAUAGUUUAGGACCGAGCAAGCUAUCGAAUAUUACGUUAGCUCCUCUAACACCAACCCCGGAAAAUCCGGGACCUCUGACACCUGGAGGUGGCUUUUUCUCUAGCAUGCUCUCUGCUGCCCAAACUGCUGCCAAUUCUUUAAGUACCUCUAUAGCCAAUUCCAAUAUCGGAUCCGGUGCGAACAAACCCAAGCCGAACGUUCCCAGGGAGACGCGAUCGAGCGAAGACGACAAAGUGGAAGUCGAACCAUCUGCUGGACAGGGGGGCGCCAUGGGUGAUAAGGAGCUUGCUGUCAAAACCCUUGGGAAGGGUGAUCUAAGUUUGAGCCAGUUAGGUAUUCCGGAGCCUGGAAGUACUGCAGUUACACCGACCACUUCUAAAUUCUCUGAAUCUACUACAGAUGUGCGGGCUCGCUCGGAAUCGGCGCCGGCAGACGUAACAUCCCCCACGGAAGAUGGCCAAUCGGAAGACCUUACCAUAGGACCACCGCCCGUCUACGAGACAGCUGUCACGACACCUCCUACGAGCUUGUAUGAAGGGAAGGCCGGGAUCCAACGUAGUGGUAGCAUUAGGAGUGCUAUUAGCCGGAGGAGAAAGCGUGGUAGUACUGGAGGGACUGCAGGUACCGGAAACACCAUCGGCGCUGCUAUUGCCGCAGCUAAUGCUAACGUCGCCCACCCCCCAGGUGCCCCGAAGCUUACCGGGUUUGCCGUGGCGAGUAAGAAGCGCAACCGGGAUUUCCAUGUUUUGUUCAAGAGCGUACCGGACGACGACUACCUCAUAGAAGACUAUAGUUGUGCACUUCAACGAGAGAUCCUCGCACACGGCCGACUGUAUGUCUCGGAAGGCUACUUGUGUUUUAGCAGCAACAUUCUUGGAUGGACUACAACUCUGGUCAUUAGCUUCGACGAGAUCGUGUCUGUUGAAAAACGCAGCACUGCUUUGGUUUUUAGGAAUGGUCUUAUGAUUACCACGCUCCACGCAAAGCAUGUGUUUGCUAGCUUCACUAGUCGUGAUUCCACCUACGACCUCAUUGUUAAUAUCUGGAAGCUUGGCCAUCCCUCUCUACAAAGCUCGUUGAAUGGCGUUUCGUUAGAAGGCACGGGCGGUGACAAAACUGAGAAGGUUGAAGACGCCGAAGUGGUGGUCGGAAGCCGGAGCGGUACAGCAUCUGAAGACGAGGGGAGCGAUGAUGGAGAUGAUGUGUACGACGAAGACCAGGACGAUGAUAACGUACCCGAGGCAACACAAACCAGCGAAGUAAGCCCAGCCGAUACGGAUGGUGAGAAAAGUGGCGCGAGGAAGGUAUCAGGUGCAGUGACAAACGGAGCUGUUGAGAAGACAGAUCUUGCCCCUGCACCUUCCGGACCAGCUGACUAUCCAGGACCAGCCACCCACGCCCCGACAGACUGCGGUGAUACUGAUGCCCACUACGACAUAGUCGUUGGUGACGAUAUUGUGGCUGCCCCAUUGGGCAAGGUGUAUAACUUGAUGUUUGGACCUGCAUCUGUCGCGUAUAUGGGAAAGUGGUUGACAGGCGAGCAAAAAUGCACUGACUUACAGAUGGAAGACAAGAAAGGCUUAAGCCAAGACAACAAGAGCCGGGGAUUUAGUUAUAUCAAGCCGCUAUAUGCUUCGAUAGGGCCCAAGCAGACCAAAUGCAUAGUCACCGAAUCGCUAGAGAACAUGGAUCUCGAGAAGAGCGUCAACGUAUUGGUGACAACGCAGAAUCCAGAUGUGCCUAGCGGCAAUGUCUUUUGCGUAAAGACAAAAUACUGCUUGUCUUGGGCAGAGAACAACUCUACUCAUGUAACAAUCAAUUGUACGAUUGAAUGGAGUGGCAAGAGUUGGCUAAAAGGACCUAUCGAGAAGGGUGCCAAGGAUGGCCAAACACAAUAUUGUAAAGAUCUCUUUGCAAGCUUAAAAGCAAUGGUAUCCUCUGGCCCUCGUCCCGCUGCUGCCAAUGGUGCAGUAACAAAGGGGGGCAAGAAGAAGCGAGUCAAGGGCAAGCUUCAUCAGGCUUCCAAGGAGAGCCUGGUUAGCCCAGCUGAUUCGACAGUGUCCAAGUCUCAAGAUUGGGGCUUACUUGAACCACUCCACGGAAUUCUUGGACCAAUCGUUGACAUUAUAGGGCCGCUCCUCACCGGCAAUGUCGUUUACGGACUAUUAGUUGGAUUGCUGGUAGCAACGUGGUUUGGAUUCGGCUCUAAUUCCCAGCCUCGGGGCGCACCGUAUGGGCGUGAGCUAGGCUUUAUGGGAUAUCCGGAGCGUGCCAUUGCCUACGAGGAGGUCUGGAGACGCGAAGAAAGCGAUAUGUGGGACUGGUUAGAAGAGAGAGUAGGCCUUCACCGCAUGAACGAAGGAGUCAUCCCCCCUAGGAAGAAGAUGAUGGAGCCGCGGACGGUGGAAGAGAAGUUGCGCGAAGAACGAAUGAACGAACGGGAAGUCGAAGAAGCCAUCAAGGUCACAGAAGAGAAGUUACAAGUGUUGAAGUCCUUCAUGGACCGGAAGAAGGGGCCACAAAAGUCAGGAGAUUAUAGCAGGCCAACUACGAAAGUCCCAACAACCGAGAGGUAA